CUCUUCAGGAUAUGUGUAUUAAAACAUGCUAACAUCUUAAAUGUACGGCUAUAUAAUCAUAAGCUUGAACGUUUGGUGCACUAAAUACACACAAUCUUCUGUGAUAAAGACGCUCAUACACAUGAUAUAAGAAAGAAGCGUAGUGCUUGUUGUCCAUGUGACUAAUCCAACAAUAUGUCCUUUCUCUAUUGGUCAGGUGACACGUUCAGUUUGCCACCAUGUCGUCCAAUAAGAAGGGCGGCGAUGAGCGUUUCCUCCGGGUUCAGAAGGACCCCAGGUUUUGGGAGAUGCCCGAGAGAGAACGCAAGAUCGACAAGCGCUUCCAGUCCAUGUUUCACGACAAGCGCUUCACGGAGAAAUACACGGUGAACAAGAGAGGCCGACCCAUCAACCAAACCUCCACCGAGGACCUGAAGCACUUCUACAACGUCUCCAGCUCAGAGGACGAAGACGACGAUGAGGAGGGUGUGAAGAGCAAGAAGAAGAAAGAAGUGAAGGAGGAGCUGGUGAAGGUGGAGAUAGAAGUGAAAGUGGAGAAAGAAGUGAAGGUGAAGGUGGAGAAAGAAGUGAAGGUGGAGAAAGAAGUGAAGGAGGAGCUGGUGAAGGUGGAGAUAGAAGUGAAAGUGGAGAAAGAAGUGAAGGUGGAGAAAGAAGUGAAGGUGGAGAUAGAAGUGAAGGAGGAGCUGGUGAAGGUGGAGAUAGAAGUGAAAGUGGAGAAAGAAGUGAAGGUGAAGGUGGAGAAAGAAGUGAAGGAGAGCAAAGACGUUAAAGCUGAAGGACCGCCUUCUGAACGAGGGGUCAGAGUCAUAGAAGAGGAUGAACUUGUGCGUUACACUGCAGCAGAGAAGACCUUCGCUGUGAGAAAAGGGCUCCCAGUGUACUUGCUCGCAGCCUCCAUAUGCCAGGGUGUUGAAGAGCAGAUACCACACCUGACUGCUGCAUAUGUCCACCCAGACACAUUCCUCGCGCGGAGCCUGGAGCAGCACGCCUGGAAAUUUGAUCGGGUGACCGGGGAGGCGCUGGUGGUCGUGCACAUCGGAACCGAUGAUGUGGCCUCCGGACUGUCCCCAGCAGCCAUCGUGGGACAAAUGGAGGCCCUCAUUGACCGGAUCCAGCACGGCCAUGCAGAGCCUCUCUAUGUGGCCGUCUGCUCUAUCCUCCCCCGGCUGGUGGACAACCAAAGGACGAUGGGUACGGUGCGGGACACCAACCGCAGGUUCCACGAAUUGUGUCGGAGGAAGAAGGACACAAUUCACCUCCCUACCGGGAAACUGUUUCUCCAUCACAGACAGAUUAUUCAAAAUUAUUUUACUGGGGAUGGAGUCCACCUAAAUGUGGAGGGGAAAAAAGUCCUCUUUAAUUAUUUAAAGACAUUUCUUUGGCAUUUUUGUAAGCAUUCAUAGAAUGUUUACAAAAAUGCCAAAGACAUGUCUUUCUCACAGACAGACAGACAGACAGACAGACAGACAGACAGACAGACAGACAGACAGACAGACAGAGAGGGACAGACAGACAGACAG